GGCCUAAGCGGCGUGUCGUUGGAAGCGCCGUCCCGCGCGGCGAGGAGGAGGAAGGUAAAGUGCAGGAUGAGCACGAAGACGACGAGGACAGUGACGAGGAAGAGGAUGAAGACGACGAGAGCGUCGACGAGGAAGAUUGGUUAUAUCUGUCUCGUCAGGCCCUCUCUUUGGCAUUUGAGUGAUUUUGGACUUGACCAGGUUCUUCUGCCUUUUCAUGGCUAUAGAAGUGAUCGCCGGCGAUGACUGUUGAGUUCGAAGCUUAUUCCAUCUCCGAUAAGGAUCACGACGGAAUUAGGAAAUUACUACAGCAGCUUUUCCUAAAGGCUCCUGUGAACACUGCAGAACUAACAGACCUCUUAAUUCAACAGAACCAUAUUGGGAGUGUGAUUAAGCAAACGGAUGUUUCAGAAGACAGCGAUGACGAUGUGGACGAAGAUGAGAUUUUUGGUUUCAUAAGUCUUUUAAAUUUAACUGAAAGAAAGGGUGCCCAGUGUGCUGAACAAAUUAAAGAGUUGAUCUUAAGCUUCUGUGAGAAGAACUGUGAAAAGAGCAUGGUUGAACAGCUGGACAAGCUUUUAAAUGACACCACCAAGCCUGUGGGCUUCCUACUAAGUGAAAGAUUCAUUAACGUCCCUCCACAGAUCGCUCUGCCCAUGCACCUGCAGCUUCAGAAAGAACUAGCAGAGGCACACAAAACUAACAAGCCAUGUGGAAAGUGCUGCUUCUAUCUUCUGAUUAGCAAGACAUUUGUGGAAGCAGGAAAAAAUUCCAAAAAGAAAUGGAGCAACCAAGAGAAAGAUGAAUUAAUGUUUGCAAAUGCAGAGGAAGAAUUUUUCUAUGAGAAGGCAAUCCUAAAAUUCAACUACUCAGUGCAGGAGGAGAGCGACACACGUCUGGGAGGCAGAUGGUCCUUUGAUGAUGUGCCGAUGAAGCCCCUGCGAACAGUAAUGUUAAUUCCAGGUGACAAGAUGAAUGAAAUCAUGGACAAACUGAAAGACCAUCUGUCUCUAUAACCCAUUUGCCAUGGACGGUUGUGGGCUUGUUUUUGCAGAAUUACCAGAAAACUCAGAUUUACUGAAAAACUCAUGACUUUAUUCAGAUUAAGGUCCUCUAUAAAAAGUAGGGUUCUGUCACCUGUGUCUGUGACACAUUUACAAAAUACCUUUUUUUAAAAAAAUUUGGUCAAAUUAUGAAUGGUUGAUUAAAAACUUUUCCAGUAAGAAGAAAAAAAGCAUGGAGUAGUAAUUUAAAGAACUCAAUAAAAACUUCUAUUUUUUAUUUUAAAAUAGUAUACAAA